AUGGCUGCACGCAAAGGUACACGUUUUUCAGACAUAGAAUCGACAGACAAAUAUUUAACACCUAUAUUCCAAACGCUACCACUCGUGUCGUUAGAGAAGGCAGUUGAACCACUCAUAAAUAUCGUUUCGUCGAUUAGUGAAUAUGCAAAAAGUGCUAAACUCUGCUGUUUGAAAGAUAAAGAAUAUGGUUUAACCCAUGACGAAUCGGCCGCGAUCUAUCUAUAUUCGAUGGAAAAUGGAGAUGAUAGUUUCCAUUCGUGUCUGAACGCGGCACUGCGUAGUGAAAACGGAUCCGGUGACCUGAAAUUUUAUUUAUAUCUGAAACUACUCGACGCAGCUACAAAUAAAUUGCCGUCCUUGUCCGAUGGUAUCUGGCGUGGUGUUGAUAAAGAUCUAAGUCGACUGUUUAAAGAAGGACAAGAGAUCACAUGGCGGGCAGUCAGUUCUUGUUCAAGAAAAGUACAUGUGAUCAAAAAGUUUCUUGGUCGGACAGGUGGAAGUUCCACUUUAUUUUUAAUUCAGUGUGUAAGAGGAAAAGACAUAUCGGCAUUUUCGUGUUAUACAGAUGAAAAUGAAAUAGUUUUAAUGCCUGGUACACAGUUGCGUGUUGUAUCAAAUCCACUGGAUCUCGAAGGAGGGAGACAUGUGAUUCAUUUGAAAGAGAUCAGCGAAAGUGUCCGUACCACAGUCAUUCAAAAAACAACUGAAACUCUGAAAAUCAAUUAUCCAAAUGGAAAUAAAUACGUAGGAGAAGUAAAUGUGAGAAAUGAACCAAAUGGAACGGGAACAAUGUUCUACAAAGAUGGUCAAUUGAAAGAUGAUUGUUAUAAGGGUGAAUGGAAGUGUGGUAAGAAAGGUGGACAAGGCAUUUACGAUUUUGCCGUAGGAAAGAAGUGGAGAAAGUAUGAUGGUCGAUUCGAAAACGAUCUAUUCAGUGGUCAUGGACGAAUGACUUAUUCGGACGGCCAUCUGUACGACGGGAACUGGCUUAAUGGACGUCGUGAUGGCCGAGGUGUGUUGACAUGGAAAGACGGUGACCGGUAUGACGGACAAUUUCGAGACGGAGAGAUGAAUGGACACGGUGUGAAGUAUGAUAUAUCUGGUUUUACAUGGGAGGGUGAAUGGAAAGGUGGUAAAAAACAUGGAUAUGGUUGGUGUACGCAUGAAAAUGGAGAUGUAAAGGAGGGCAAAUGGAAUAUGGGCAAAGAAAUGAAGAAAGAAUACUAA